GCGGCGAGGCUCCACCAGCGCCUGGCACCAUGAGGACACCUGGGCCGCUGCCUCUGCUGCUGCUGCUGCUCCUAGCGGGGAUUCCCGCCGCUCGACCUGCUCCCUCGACCUGCUACUCACGCCUGCGGGCCCUGAGCCGGGAGAUCACCCAGGACUUCCAGAUCCUGCAGGUCUCCUCGGAGCCGUGUGUGAGAUACCUGCCCAGGCUGUAUCUGGACAUACAUAAUUACUGUGUGCUGGACAAGCUGCGGAACUUUGUGGCCGCAACCCAGUGUCGGAAGGUGGACCUGGUGGAUUCCUUGAAGGAGAAAGCACGGAAGCUGUACACCAUCAUGAACUCGUACUGCAGGAGAGAUUUGGUAUUCCUGUCAGAUGACUGCGGCGCCUUGGAUUACCCAAUCUCAGAGACUCAGCGCUAAGGCAGCCUAGACCAGACAAACAACCCAAGAGGACUGAAGUUAGGUCAGCUACCCAGACUCCAUGAGCCAAAGCCACAACCUCCACUGGUCUUGUGUUAGUUGCAUCUGAAAAUGUUGUGUGUCUCUCUACCUUAACUCCUCUGAGCACAGAGUUAGCAACAUGCUUCUCAUUCCCUUUACUCAUGUCUUGCCAGGAUGGUUAAAUACACAGCAUGUUGAUUUGGUCACUAGAAAGAAGAAAAGGACUAACCGGCUUCUCUUUUAUGAACAUCUAUCUUGAGAACAUGCAAAAUAGUAUGUUUUUAUUACUGGUGUAAUGGAGUAAGGGUACUGUUUUUCUUGAUAGAAACCUGCUUACAUUUAACCAAGUUUCUAUUAGACCUUCUCUUAACACAAACUUUCUUCACUUUCAUUUAAAAAGAAAUUAAUGCUCUUAAGAUACAUUUGCAAGUUUUUUUGCGUAGUGCUGACAGGAUCCACUCUUUCAUUGAAAGGUGAUGAAAAUCAAAUAAAGAUUAUCUUCAUAAUGAGAAA